CCCCGGCCUUGCCUCAACAUCCACACCUAUCCACUGCUCCGCUCUCUGCGAGACUCCGAGUCGCCCUCUAGGACCGCACUGCACCGCGAUAUUUAGCAGUGUCAACCUCCGACUCUCGCCUCUACGCAGUGCAGCGGUCCAACAUCGACUUGCGCCCUGCAUUUCCGUCGUGCUUGCGUCUCACAUCGGACUCAGGUUGCAGCUUGUUGCCUCAUGUCUGACAAUCAUCGCCCGCCGCUGGAGCCUGGAACUUUUCGAGCUGCCGACGGAACCAUCCGCCGCUUCCGCUUCAGCAUCUCCCGCCCUACACCUACAUCCAAUGACCGACCGACCGAAACUACUUCAGAGAGGUUAUACACUGUGAUCCAGCAGUUCCACCACGAUCUCGACAGGCUCAGUCGCCAUUUCUUUGUCUCGACCACCGGCAUCGAUCCCGGCACGGGCAGCAUGGCCUCGGGCUCAGACCGGGGCUGGCGACGACUUCUCACCGACCCGGACGCGCCCAACUUAGACGACCGGACUCUGCCCGACGGCUCCGCCAUCUUGUCGAACCCGCCAUCCCUCCCACCUCUACGAUCCCUCGGCUCGAGAGCGCGGCCUCCGAUCCCACCUGCUGAACCCCCAUCGUUUCGCUCUAGCCGUUACCGGCCCGCCAACCGCCGCCCGUUCGUUGACGGCAGCGUUAUUAACUCGACACUGGACGAGCUGAACAGAAACAUCGACGACACCAACUCACAACUCCGAGCCUUGCUGGAUUUCACGAACUACUCCGGCAUCAUGCCACGCCAGCCGCCUUCCGUGUCGCCGCCUCUGCUUCACGACGCGGCCGAGGAGAGUCGCCGCGUCAAGCGCCGCAAGCUGGACUCGGACCGGCUCGGCCCGAGCUUCCGGGGCUUCCACUAUGGAAGGUACGGCCAGAUCGAGCCCGGCCAGCUAACCAUGGAGAUUGUGAGCUGCGACGGGGGCCUGUAUUCCGACGAGCACUCGUACGCCCCCGAGAACAUUCUCAAGAGCGACGCCUCGGUCUAUUGCACCAAGGGGAACCGCUGCAACAUUGUCUUAAAGCACCAGGGCGGCACCGUGUUUACCCUGGAGGAGCUCAUCAUCAAGGCGCCUGCCGGCUCUAGAUUUUCCUGUCCGGUCCGUGAAGGGAUGGUGUUUGUGGCGAUGGAGUCGGACGAGCUCCUGACUCGCACGGCGCAAUAUCAGAUCCAGUAUCUACCAGUUCGCGGCCAGAGGCGGGGCCCCGUGAUUUUCCGCCACGACGAAGAUGGCGGCGGCCUUUCUCGGCUCCAGUCACGGCCUUUGAGGGCAUACAGUUACGGCGCCGAUGACGACGACGAGGACGAUGACGACGACGACGAAGACUGUAGGACGGCGCAGAUCCCGCCCGAGUUCGCUAUCUCUUCAGCUAGCUUCAACGCUACUACCGAGCUCAGCGACGACGAGAGCGACGAAGACAACCCCUCGCGCUCUCGCGCGCCUCCGCGACAGACGCCCAACCGGAUCGGCCAGCUCGCCUUCGAAAGCGAUACCAGUGACGAAGGCAUUGCCAUCUACCGGCAGUUGCCGGCCCGCGAGGAGCUGCGCCGACGCCACCGCGUCGCGUCGUCGUCGUCCGCCUCCCGUGCUCGCCGCGCGGCCGGCGUUAUGACACUCGAAGAGGCUCAGGAGGCCUCACAGAUUGCGACGCAGGAGGCUGUGCGCGCCGUCGGCGGCGAGCUCAUGGCGCCGCUGGCCCACUUCUUCAUCGAGAAGGACAAGAACAAAUGCACCAUCCGGUUCGACCCGCCGGUCAGCGCUCGGUUUCUCCUGCUCAAGAUGUGGAGCCCGCGCCAUGACCCGCAUGACGUGCCCAAGAACAUCGACAUCCAGGGCGUUGUGGCCAAGGGCUUUGCCGGCCCACGGUACUCUCCUGCCAUUGACCUAGCUUAGCGUCCAUGGGAAGUGGACAAAAGAGGGUUCUUGCUUUGCGAGGCGUUUUAAGGCGUCCCUGUGUUUCUGAUUAUGGCGGGGUUUGGGCUGGACGGUUUGGGGACGGAAUGGAAUGGGUCUCAUUGAUGCAACAUCCCUUAGAUAUGUGUGUGAGGGACGGGCCACACUGGACUGGCGUUCUGGCUGCUUCUGGCUGGGUUAUGAUG